AGACCAACAGGGAUUAGACUUCAAAACCAGAGGACAGAGUCGUCAUUCUUGAGUACAAGACCUGAUCAUCAGGACCUGAAUAUCAGGAAUACAUCCGGACCUGAUUUUCCACGGACAAUCCACCAUGGCAGGGCUUGGAUCCAACCGACAUCAAGUCUCGGUUACUCUUUGUACAUCAUCUUACGAGUAUAACAUCCAAGGUCUUCUGGAUCACCUGAGGGAUCUCCAGCGACAACUUCCCCAUCUCAUCAAGAAUGUUACCUACCAUCAACUCCCUUACAACAACAUCGACAAUUAUAAAUUUGCCAAGGGAAUCCAUGUGGAUGUGAUGAUUCUCUGCCACUCCAUCGCAAACAGAAGAUUUGCUCUCACCGACGUGGCUGAUGCUUGCUACAAUAAGUUCCUCCCGAAUUGCAAAAAGCUUCUAGGAAAAGAGAAGAUUGCGGUAAUAGCUCACGACUUCGACAAUGUGAAUGACCAGGACUUACAGGACCGCAUUGCUAAUUUUCGGCUCCAGCAACCAAAAACCUUUGACAGCGCAGGUCUAGUUCUGAUAUGUGGGAAGCUGGUCGAAGGGAAAGAAUUUCCUGAACCCUCCAAGGCACAACUCCUCGCUUUCUUGACAAGAGCCUCCGAACAGCCUGAGGAAAUGAAGACUGGUGGUGUUUCCAGUUUUCUAAAGAAAUUCGAAUCAUGUAGUUCUGGACAAGCCAUCGCAAUAACAUCACCACAUAAUCCUGCACAAUAUCCUGGACCACAAACUGGACAAUAUGCUGGACAUCAACCUGGACAACAAAGCCAUUCACAACCUCCUUUACGACUUCCUACACAGCAUCUUGCACAACACCAUCAACAACUUCCUGCGCAGCAGAGUCCAUCGUUGCCGAUCUAUGUGUCCGUAUGUACUUCUUCAUACGAGCAAAACAUCGAGGGCUUGAUUUUCUGGCUUAGGAAGCUGAAAACAGAUCAUCCACGCUUGAUCGCCGACAUCCGUCUUCGGAGCCUACCGUACAACGAUAUCGAUUCGUUCAAGUUUCCUUCAAGCGACCCGGUCGAUGUGAUGGUGCUUUGCCAUUCGGUUCGCAAUCGAGGAUUCUCAAUCACAGACGUCGUGAAUUCUAUCUACGAUAAAUAUCUGAAGCAUUGUUCCAAAGAGAUAGGAAAGAAGAAGUUGGCGGUGAUUGUUCAUGACAUUAGUGAAUGGAAUCCAGGAGUCGUUCGUGGCAGGAUGGACACCUUCCAGAAAACACAACCCUCGACAUUCAGGCUUGUAGACACUGUGAUCAUCGGCGGUAGCCUGGAAAAGCCAGACAAGUUCGAGAUUUCAGAGGUAGACAUGUCAAGACUCUUCUACUUCUUCGAAUCGGCAAGCUUGGUUCCACGAAAGAAGAUGUCAAUUUUUGGAAAGGUGUUUUAAUGAACAUGAAAUUUCCUCAUUUCCGUGGACACCACAAACAGUGCAGCAUGUAAUGUAAGAAUUCUCAAAUUAUUAUCACAAAGAUGAAAGUCCUUAGGUAUCACCGCUUUCAGAGAAUUCACAUUUUCUAAACUCCGUCAUGUAAAGAGUACCGCGUGUACUGUAAGAAGCCCCAAAUCGCUGAAGAUAAAAGCGGUUUCACCUUUCAUUUUACUUCUACAUCAAUCUGUUCAUAAUGAGAAAAAAAGUCGAAUACUAAAUGACACACAGCUUCAUCUCAAUGCAUGUAUAACCCGUAUGCAUACAAUAUGUAAAGUGUUCAUCUUCUUCUGUUGUGUGUGUGGGUGUGAGUGUGGAAUAUUUACGUGCGCGGGUAGUGUGUGUGUUUGUGUGGGGAUGUAUGAUUAAACUUUGUUCACAGACGUGAAAGAGGAUGUUGAGUUUCUGAAGAAGAAAAGAAAGAUGAAAAAAUUACUUGUAAGCUUUCUCAUUCUGUUAUUGUCAGUUUGUAUAAAUAUCUUAGUAGAAAUAGGAUCGCUUG